CGCACAUGUAUAUGUUGGUUGAAAGAGAGCAGAAGAAACACUCCAUAUCUCCUAAAGGCUGACAGCUCUAAGAAGAUUCCUUGAUCUUGGGAGCUGACAAACACAGCCAUGAAGAGCUUGAAGUUCCUAGCAGCCGAGGGCUUUGUUCAAACCGGCCCAAAUGCGUGUAAGAACCUCCAUUGCUUGUCUUACGAUCUCUACCCAAUCCUCUUCAAAGCCAGUUAUCUGCAUGAGGAGGCCACAAUGCUCCACGACUUGGUCCAGACGUGGCCUCUGACAGAGAUCAACUUGCGCAAACUAUUGGGCAGGACCGUGGACUGUCCAGAUGAUCUCACAUCCCGCACCUGCAGGCUCUGUCUGGAGGCCAUUCUCACAGGUCUGAGGGACUAUGUGCUUCAAGCUCCAAGCACGUAUGCAAAAAUGUUACGUGUGGUGGAUCUAAUCGGUCUGCAAGACAUAGAACACCAGGUCUGUCCCUGCAGACGGACUCUUGGCCGUUGGGCAAGAACCGAGCUGCUUACCCGCAUGUGCUACGAGACUAUGGUGGCCAUGCAGGCCGACCAAGCAGCACCAUCAGCGUUUGAUGUGGAGGUAGAUGUGCGCUUGGAUGCAUUUGUUACUGGACGGAACUAUGAGGUGGUGGCUCAGGCUCUGUUGCUGCGCAGACACUGCCCAUUAAAACUGAACUUUGUAGGUCUGCGUGUGGACUCGCUGAGCCUCAGGAACCUCUUUUACCUUCUGAAGCUGGUGGAAUCACAUGGCCUGCAGAAGCUGGAAGUGGUGCACAAUGUACAUCUGGAGGCUCCACAUAUUGAGGUACUGCUCUCCCAGCUGAAGUUCCCACAGCUGCGCUCGCUCACGUUUCCUGCACAGGCUUUUAAUGUUCACAGGUUGGGUCUGGAGGAUGAGGGCCUCAUGGGAGUUCUGGGUGAGCUGAUGAGCAAACUGACUGAACUGAGAGAGCUCUAUCUGGGUUUCUCCACACUUACAGGACAUCUGAGGAAACUGCUGAGUCCACUGAAUACUCCACUGCAGUGUAUUGAGUUAGCGAACUGCAGUCUUAACGCAGUGGACAUGGCCUACUUCGCCAACAGCCUGCACAGUGAACACAUAGUUAAGCUAGACUUGAGUGGUCAUGAGGUUGCCGACCUCUUCCCCAACACCUUCCGGAAGCUUCUGCAUCGCUGUUGUGCCACACUCACUAGUCUGGGUCUGGAGGAGUGUGGACUGGAUGAUGAUAAACUGGAUCUGCUCACACAAGCACUGACACCCUGUCAUGGGCUAGAGGAAUUGAAGAUCCUGGGUAAUCCACUGAGCACACCUGCUCUGUGCCAUCUUUUCAAUAUGCUGGCACUGGGUUUUCCUGCAUUGAGAUAUGUUGAGCUGCCUGUCCCUCGUGACUGUUAUCCCGAAGGUGUAACCUAUCCACUGGAUGAUAGGAUGCUGAUAAAUUAUGACACAGAGAAGUUCCAACAAGCCAAGACCGAACUUGUUGGCAUCCUAGAGAGGGAGGGAAAAGGACAUAUAGAAGUCUGCACGCCAUUAUUUGGAGCCUAUGAUCCUGACAUCAAUGAGACGAGCAAUGAGCUGGGAGUCACCUUGCUGCACUCCUUCAACAGUGUCAUAGGAAACUUCAUUGACACAGUCAACAGUGUUACCCAACGGAGAGAGCAAAGAAUGAUGGAGUGAGAGUGCUAAAAAUGCAAUUGCCAUCCCAGGAAUAAAAUUAAAGUAUAUUCAAAUAGAAAAGUUAUUUCAAAUUGAAG